GAUGGAAUACAAUUUGACAACUAGAAUCUAAAUUGUAGGUACUACAUCAUGAUUAUUGCCCUCAAACCAAUACAAAUGAACUGUCGAAAAUUACAUCUUCCAUAAAGUUUCAAAUUAUGCUUACAUCAAGAUCACAAUCCCACCCCAUGUACAAAGGUCCGCGAUUGGAGCUGUUAAGUCUUAAAGAAGUUGGUGAAUAGUUUAGUCUUGGCUCUUGCUAGAUCAUAUCAUUAUGAUUUGAAGAAUUAGACUAGAGUAGGAUUUGCGGUCAAAUCGGAGGACACGGAAGGGGCGAUCAAGAGAGUGGCUAUAUAUAACAAAUUUUACGCGUCUAGUGAUAUCUCAUCAUAGUUACCUCAGUUUGAGACUAGCUUAAACUAAGCGAUACUUUAUUAUAUAACGAGAUAUAGAGAUUUCUUAAGAAUCUCUUUCCUCUCUAGAUUUCUUAUUCUAGUCAUUUAACCUCUAUCGAUAUGCUCUAGUAUGUAAUCGAGACACUCCGUGACCAUUUAGUAUUAGAUCGUGUUAGUAGUAAUCAUCAAAAAAGUUAUUGGUGUAAGGGUGGGAAUUAGGUGGGGCGGAAACUCGAUUAGUUUCCUCCUGUAGCUUCCCCAGUUUACGGACGGGAUCGUUUUUUCGGUUCCGAUCAAACAUGGCUAAAAUUCGGACUUCGGACUACGAGGCUGUCCAUUCUGAAAUCGACGAAACACAAGUAAAUGAUGGAAGGCUCAACGAGCUCUGCUCGCACUUGCUUUCAAUUGCCGGAGACCGUUAUGGCACUGCAUAUAAUUGGGGUUAGUAUAGUAGUUGUAAAAUUUCCCAUUUUUUGAAUGCUUAAUCUCAACAACGUAUUGUGCCCGAUCAUGUUGCUCAACAUUCAAUCCCUGCCCGUGGAGAGGGGGACGGUAGUAGUCCUCGUAGCUGUUACGAUUGCUACGGUGAGAAAAGCUUCCCUUGCACCACUACGUUGGCUUUGAAGAAAAUAAUUUAUCAGAAAUUCAUACCAUGUAUUGUUCUCACCAAAAAGCUAGCUUAUUAUCUAUAAUGUUUUCGCAAACCCUUUGGCUCGAUUGCCUGGUCCUUGGUACACGAAAUGGACAUCGGCUUUCCUACGGUAUAAAAUCGUUAAGGGGGAUCGAACUUUAUAUGUUCACAACCUGCACUGUAAAUAUGGCUCGAUCGUCCGAGUGAGCCCAACGGAGGUGCAUGUUUCCGAUAUUGCUGCAACGAAAAAGAUCCACAAUGUCAAGAGUUCCUUCAAGAAAUCGCAGUGGUACAAAUCCUUCACGCCCCCAACCGUCCUCAAUGUGUUCAACACAACUGAAAUUGGCCAUCAUCGACAUCUCCGACGUCUUCUCUCGUCGCCAAUGUCGGAAUCCUCGCUCAGGCCCGUGGAAGUGUAUAUUCGUCGAAAUAUGGAUCUCGCAGUCAAGGGAAUUUCAGAGGAAAUGGCGAAGCGAGGAGCAGCGGACAUUUUCAAGUGGUGGAUGUUCAUGGCGACUGAUGUAAUUGGGGAACUCAGCUUCGGGGAAUCCUUUAAGAUGUUGGAAUCUGGAAAGAAAAACCAAUACAUCCAGGAUAUCGAGACCAAUGGGCUCGCUGGUGGUAUUCGGGGCACAUUCCCCUUCAUAACGAAGGUGUCAAGUGUGGCCCCGAUCCCUAUUUUCAAGGCGGCAGCCGAGUCAGCUAAGCGUCUGCGACACUACGCUGAAGAAUCGAUUGAGCGAUCGAAGUGUGUAGCCGUAAAGAACGAGUCUUACCCUAUGCUUCUUAAAAAACUAUUCCGUAGCGAUGAGAAUGGUCUGUCUGACAGCGAUAUUGUGAACAACGCCAUGGCAUUUAUAAUUGCCGGCAGCGACACAACCGCCAACACCAUGACAUACCUGACGUGGGCCGUUUGCAAGCACCCCAAGAUAAAGAAGGCACUAGUGGAGGAGCUCAGUACUCUCCCAUCUAACUUCGUCGAUGCAGAUCUCCAUAGCCUGCCAUUGUUGAACAAUGUUAUCAAGGAAACGCUACGUCUUUACUGUGCUGCACCGUCUGCAUUACCACGUGUAGUUCCAGUAGAGGGCGUUGAGUUCAAUGGCUACGCACUACCAGGAGGCACGACUGUAUCCACCCAAGCCUAUACCUUACAUCGCAACGCAGAAUACUUCCCGGAUCCAGAGAGCUUCGAGCCAAGCAGAUGGAAUGCUACGACGAGAGAAAUGAAGGAUGCCUAUAUGCCGUUUGGUGGUGGAUCACGAGUCUGCUUGGGACAGCACUUGGCAGAAAUCGAGCUUCGCCUGGCGACUGCGCUUUUCUUCCGCGCAUUCCCUGAAGCUAAGAUCUCCACGCUCGAGGGUAUGAGUGAUGCGGAUAUGGACCCUCAAAUCUUCUUCUUGUUAUCACCAAGGGGUAAGAGGUGCUUGAUCGGCAAAGAUUGAAAUAACAUCGCGUCAGGCUACUUAUGAAACAAAACAUCGACACGGGCGCUAUGACGAGACACAAUAUGCGGAAGACGAAAGACUGUAGCCUGCAAGCAUAUCAUGGAAGACCGCAAGAACUUCUCUGUACGUCAUUUCAUGUCGUAGAUUUUAGAGUAUAUCGAAACUAUUAUUCCAAGGAUUUCUUUUUGGUGGCCAUUAUUAGAGGGAAAACGAUUGUUGUUCCAAUAAGGCUUAAAAAUUGAUGAUUUUAUAAUGCCGUGUAAUCUUUUUCACGGACUGAAAACCACAUGUCACGUGCACCACACGUGCACCACCACCCAAUAGUCGUUCAGUGUUAUGUACCAAUUAUGUAUCACACAGGCAUACCACUACUGCUCAGUUAGGGGCUUAUGUCGUCUAACCCGGGUAUAUGUAGGAGAGCAGAUCACUGUAAUCAGUCCUCAAGUCAAUUUAAUUUAUUGACUCCUAUUACUACCUAUUCUAACCCCAAAGUGGCCAAGUAACGUAGCUAUCCUCUGUGAUAUAAAUUUACAUUAGAUUAUACAGAUUAGAGAAUUUCAGCUUGAUAUAUCGUAA